UUCAAUUAUAACACUUUUUCCCGGUGAUUCUGGGCACUUUAGGUACCUAACGCUAGGUCACCCCCUGGGCAGUUACUGUUUCGAAAUCGCUUUCUUCACACGCGUUCUGUUUGGAUGAGCGACACGCCGUCUCAGCUGAGAGGCACCAUGACAAUCACAUGAUCGCAUUAAUUACGAGCCUUUGAAAAGUACAGUUCUCAGGAGUUUAGAGGUAUUUUCACAACGCCUCCAUCAUCAUGCCUCUGUCAGCUCCAGUCAUCAGCUGUGUGCAGAAGCUGGUUCUGUAUGAAACAAGAGCUAGGUAUUUUCUUGUUGGAAGUAAUCAUGCACAAACCAAACACCGUGUUUUGAAAAUUGAUCGCACGGAGCCGAAGGACUUGGUUAUUAUUGAUGAUAAGCACGUUUACAGUCAACAAGAAGUCAGGGAGCUUUUGGGGCGCUUGGAUUUGGGGAACAGGACUAAAAUUGGACAGAAAGGCUCAUCAGGUUUAUCAAAAGCGGUAUCAGCUUAUGGUAUUGUGGGUUUUGUACGAUUUUUGGAAGGGUAUUACAUAAUUCUGAUCACAAAGCGAAGAAAGAUGGCUGACAUUGGUGGACACUCAAUAUAUAAAAUAGAAGACACAAACAUGAUAUACAUUCCAAAUGACUCUGUCCGGAUAGCCCAUCCUGAUGAAGCCAGGUAUGUGAGGAUUUUCCAAAAUGUGGAUCUGUCCAGCAAUUUUUACUUCAGCUACAGCUAUGACCUGAGCCACUCUCUUCAGUACAACCUCACUCUUCUGAAGACAACAUGUGAUCUAGUGAAGACUGAGGAGGUCUUCACACACAACCGACAAGACAGCUUUGAUAUCUUCGAGGAUGAAGGUUUGCCUACGCAAGUUGUUUAUGGGAUUAAAAAUGAACCCUACGCAAAAUACGUGUGGAAUGUAAAGCUUCUGGAGAAGAUCAAGGAAACAGUGCAUCCGGACUGGCUAAUGUACAUCAUCCAUGGAUUCUGUGGCCAGUCGAAGCUCCUGAUCUACGGAAGACCGGUUUAUGUCACCUUGAUUGCCAGAAGAUCAAGUAAAUUUGCUGGAACACGCUUCCUGAAGAGGGGAGCGAACUGUGAGGGAGAUGUAGCUAAUGAAGUGGAAACGGAGCAGAUAAUCCACGAUGCCUCAGUCAUGUCUUUUACGGCUGGAAGUUACUCCUCAUAUGUACAAGUCAGAGGUUCGGUUCCUCUCUACUGGUCUCAGGACAUCUCUACAAUGAUGCCCAAACCACCCAUUCGAUUGGACCAAGCAGACCCCUAUGCACAUGUAGCAGCUCUUCACUUUGAUCAGAUGCUCCAGAGGUUUGGCUCUCCUAUCAUCAUUCUCAAUCUCGUUAAGAAGCGGGAGAAGAGGAAGCAUGAAAAGAUUCUGAGCGAGGAGCUCUAUCCAGCCAUCCUGAACCUCAACCAGUUCCUUCCCCCUGAGCACUGCAUUGAUUACAUUGCCUGGGACAUGGCGAGGUACACCAAGAGCAAACUAUGUAAUGUUUUGGACCGGCUCAGCUUGAUCGCAGAAAAUGUUGUCAAAAGAACGGGGUUCUUUGUGAAUCGCCCAGACUUCUACUGCCAUACACUGAGGCCUGAUGAAAGGUGGGGUGAUCUGGGAGGAUAUGUCACAGCCAGUGGGUGCAUGCAGACUGGCGUCUUACGGACCAACUGUGUGGACUGUUUGGACCGUACAAACACAGCCCAGUUCAUGGUUGGGAAGUGUGCUUUGGCCUAUCAGCUGUAUGCUUUAGGCAUGAUUGACAAGCCUAAAUUACAGUUUGAUACGGACUGUGUCAGAUUGUUUGAGGAGCUCUAUGAAGACCAUGGGGACACUCUGUCUCUGCAGUAUGGGGGCUCUCAGCUUGUCCACAGGGUGAAGACCUACAGAAAGAUUGCUCCCUGGACACAGCACUCCAAGGACAUCAUGCAGACCCUUUCCAGAUACUACAGUAAUGCUUUCUCAGAUGCCGACAGGCAGGAUGCCAUAAACCUUUUCCUGCAGGUGUUUCAGCCUUCAGAAUUGAAGCCACAUCUAUGGGAGCUCCCCACGGAUUUCUACCUGCAUCAGAAGAACACCAUGAUGCUUCCUCAGGAAAGACGCAGCUAUACAUUCUGGUGGACUGAAGGAAUUCUGUCCUAUCUGCCUUUACCAUAUGAUGAAGUCCCGUGUGAUGAAAACCGAGAGAAGGUAAUGGUGAAGAGGCUCAACAGAUACGAUGAAAGCAUCGACACCUAUACUGAGUUCUUCAAGCCCUAUGAGCUGAGCUGUUUUGACGAUACCUUCUGCCUGGCAAUGACGAACUCAGCACGGGAGUUUAUGCCAAAGACCGUUGGAAUUGAUCCGAGCCCCUUCACCGUUCGCAAGCCGGAGGAGACUGGGAAGUCGGUCUUAGGCAACAAGAGCAGCAAAGAAGAAGCAGUCCUGCAGCGGAAGACAGCUGCUAGCGCCCCUCCUCCACCUAGUGAAGAGGCCAUCUCCAGCAGCUCCGAGGAUGACUCUGGCACAGACAAGGAAGAGGAGGGGGCAGUGUCCCAGCGCUCCACGCCUGUCAAGUUCGCCGACUCUGGAGACAGCACCCGGGGCCAGGAGGAUUUUCUCCAGCACCCCAUGAAGGAAACAUAUGGACUCAACCUCUGUGAUUUUCCAGAAGAAAAAGAUAUGCUCAUCUAUCACAGGUUUGUUCAUCUUGGUCAAAACCAGCAUAAAGUGGAGAGAAGCAGACCGAUGACUGAUUCCAGACAAUCGGAGAAUUUCAUUAAUCUGCACCCUGUUUCUUUUUUCUCCCAGGACAGUUUAUAUGAAGUUCAGCUCCCUAAAGUGGACAAAGAGUCCCGAGAGAUCUUUGAGAACCACAUCCGGGUGGGUCGAGGCCUGAUACAGACACUGUGCCGGGAAGAUGUUCUGAUGUACAGGGAGUAUAUCAAGAACAGAUACAUGUAGCAACAGAACCAUGAGUAGAAACAGAUCGAGCUCAUUCGAUAUGCAUCUUAUUGGCAUAAGGCUGCUGAUUUGUGUGUGCACGCUCAGCUAAGAAUCUUCAGCCCAGCACGCCGUCUAUUUUGACAUUAAACACCAUGGAUGUGUUUAUAUGCCCCAUGUCUGGAUUCUAGACAGAAGGUCAUCAUAAGCCACACACGGGUGUGUACAGAAGAGUCUGGCAGUAAAUCAUCCCAGUGCAAGCACAUCAGAUCAGUAUUCAUUCAGCAAUCAUUUUGGAUGAGAAACUGCUAAUCUGUGUUGUAGCACUUUAAUUAUGUAAUUGCUAUAAUUUUGGCUGCUUUUAUGUUGUUUAAACAGCAGGGGGAUGGGACCUUUUGAAAGUGGUGAUUUGAAUCUCGGCAGUCAGUAGAGUGUUGGAGCCAGGGUAAAGAAUGAUUGCUUAUGUACACUGUGAAUGGCAGUAAAUAAUUUCUUUACAGGUCACAAAUGUAAAUGUAUCAAAAAACUGCCAAAGAAGAUUUAUUUCACUUAACUGUAUGUAUAUCUAUAAGUUAAUUGGAAUGUCAAUAAAAGUUCAUUCUUUAAGACUAAAAUUGAAAAGUGCUUAUGCAGUGUAAGAGUGUGUGUAUUGUAUAUACCAUGUUUGUUUAGCUAUUUAUUUGCAUGUACCCAUAUCACAAACUCCUCUGGCUUCCGAUGAUUUUUUUAGCGUCUUCUCUUUGAGUGUUAUCAGAUGUGGGGAUGUUCUCCACAAACAGACUUCCAUUGCAUUAUUUUAAUUUGAUUUUGGCAUCUAUGAAUCUACUAAUUUGUGCUUUUUUGUGUCUAUUUUGUGUCUCUGUGUGACUAUUUAGCAUUGAAGAUUAAAUAAAACUUCAGUUGGGAAAGUAUUUACCCGA